AUGGCAAGCAAGAAAGGAGACCCAGAAGAAUUAUUUAUUAAGCAAGAAAAGAUUGGUAAAGGUUCAUUUGGUGAAGUUUUCAAAGGAAUUAAUAAGAAAACAGGAGAAACCAUAGCAAUUAAGAUUAUUGAUUUGGAUGAUGCAGAAGAUGAAAUUGAAGAUAUUCAACAAGAGAUUAAUGUACUUUCACAAUGCGAGAGUCCAUUUGUAACUAAAUAUCAUGGUUCAUUCCUCAAAGGAUCAAAGUUGUGGAUUAUUAUGGAGUAUCUUGCAGGUGGCUCUGUAUUGGAUUUAAUGAAGCCAGGUCCAAUCGACGAAAUAAUGAUUGCAAUCAUUUUAAGAGAGUUGUUAAAGGGUCUUGAAUACCUUCAUUCUGAAGGCAAGAUUCACAGAGAUAUCAAAGCUGCCAAUAUUCUUUUGGCUGCCAAUGGUGAUGUAAAAUUAGCUGAUUUUGGUGUUAGUGGUCAAUUGACAGAUCAAAUGACAAAGAGAAAUACAUUUGUAGGUACACCAUUUUGGAUGGCACCAGAAGUUAUUAAACAGACUGGGUAUGAUAGCAAGGCAGAUAUUUGGAGUAUGGGUAUUACAGCCUUGGAGAUGGCAAAGGGCGAGCCACCCAGAGCCGACUUGCACCCAAUGCGUGCCUUGUUUUUGAUUCCAAAGGACCCACCUCCUCAACUCGAAGGUAACUUUUCAAAGGGAUUCAAAGAGUUUUGCGCAAUGUGUCUCAACAAGGACCCCAAUCUCCGUCCCACCGCCAAAGACUUGCUCAAGAACAACAAGUUUAUCAAGUCGGCCAAAAAGACCAGCUGUCUCACCGACCUCAUUGAACGUCGUCAAAAGUGGAUCCAUCUCAAUGGCGGUGCCAUGGAAGACGACGGUGGCGAUGACGACGACAGAGACAAGAACUCACAAGACGAAGAUGACGGUUGGAACUUUACCGUCAAACAAAAGUCUGCUCCCGUUGUCACCCCACCACCAGUUGUUGUACAAGCUAAACCCGUUGCAAGUACACCAGCUCCAGUUACAACUACCCAAUUGUCAAAUAAUAUGCAAAAUACUCAUAUCAAUGAUCACAAUAAUAAUAAUGAUAAUAAGCCACGAUCAUCUUCCACAUCCAAGCCAGCCACUCCAGUUGUUGCUACCACACCCGCUCCAGCAGCUGCUCCCGUCGCUGUCACUACUACCGCCACCCCAUCGUCACCCGCCACCAAUGGUGCUGUUGCCAAGCCAGCUGCCCGUGCCUCUGCCCUCACCUCUGUCAUUUAUCCCGUUUUAUCAAAAUUACUCAACAAUACUCAAGACGAAAAUGUAAUCAAUUCACUUGCACAGCUAAAGAUGGCAUUCGACAAUGCUGAAAAGGCCAAACCAGGCAUAACACAUCAAUUAAUUGCUCAAAUUAUAGAAACUCUAAAGAGAAUAAAAAAAAAAAAAACAAAAAAUUAA